CUGAGCUUUAUUCCUGUAUCCCCUAAGGUGUGGGGUGAUUAUUCACAGGCCUGCUACAGUUUCACCCGGAAGGGGUAUGUAUUGUGCACAUGAAGGCUUAUACAGCCACACUGCCUUGCCUGCUCCUAUUGAGGGUAUGUCCACACCACACUGCAGUUCAUAACCCUGUUGAGGUGGCUACUGACUUAAAUGCCCCUUUUGGGGCUAAGAGCUUCUUGCUGUGGUGGGAGUGCAUGGCACUGAAGGCUUUGGUUCACAGUCACUGAGCUGACACAAGUGUGGGUCUGUAUCUGAGCUAGCCCAGACACUGGAGAAGCUGAAUGCUAGUGUAACAUGGGAAUGCCCCCUCUGAUGAGGGACCAUGCACAAGAUUGCUGUUGAUUUUCACAUCAAGCUAAGAGCUGUGCCUGGUAACACAGAGCCUUGUGGCUAGGUUAGAAGCUGAGCCUCCGGUCAGUGCUGGUACCUGGAAUUAGUCUGCAGAGGAAACUGGCACUGUGGGAUGAAAGCCAAACUGUGCUUUCUUUGUCCUAGAGCCUUGUACACCCAAUCCUGGCAGAAGUCCCCACUGCAAGCAAAUGUGGCUGGGAUUUCAUGCCAGAAAUAACUCCUUAUAUAUUGUGAGUUCCUGGAGGGACUUACAGGAUGCUGUAGGAUGGCACUGCUUCACCUCCCUCUCAUACAGCAUCUUCUGAUCCCAAAUGCUACUGGUAGAGCAUAUAAAUGCUCCCGAGCCCCCUGUGCUGUUGCAGUCAGUGGGGUGAGCAGCUGGUAAAGUAAGCGAAGCAGAUGAACUAAUUCCAGUGCUGAUCAGGGAGCAGCACUUGACAUGGUGGCAUGGAAAGGACAGUGCACUGGCCUGUUCUGAUUUGUUAAUACCUAUACAAGGUUGUGUUCCCCCUUUGUCCUGGAACAUCACAGCUUUAACUGUUAGAGGUAGGUGAGCUCUCAUUUCUGGUGAGGAGAGAGAUGCUAAACAGUCUAGUUUAAAGUUCUCUGACUCCAGGGGAACCUGUGGUAGGAAAGAACUUGUGGAGAACCCCAGGCCAAAUGCCAGUUUAUGAAGCAAACAGCACCAUUAGAGCAGGUUGCUCAGGGCCUUAUUUGAUUGAAUUAAGAAUAUCCCCAGGGGUGGAAAUUCCCCAAUAUCCCUGGGCCUGAAAUAAACCUGUUUCUCUUCUUUGACUUUGGCACAGUGUCUAGAGAAGGAAGGUGGGGGUGAGGAAACUGUGGCAAGCUCAGCCUCUGAGUGGUUUUGUGUACUUGUGAGGUGCAAUUUUCCUUCAAGUCUAGGGCACUCAGUGUGAAAAAGACCUGCUAUUCCCUCAACUGCUUGAGAUGCCAGAGGGCCCAUCCGUGAGGAAGUUCCAGCUGCUGACUUCCCCUUUUGUGGGACAAGUGGUGGUCAAGGUGGGGGGAAGCAGCAGGAAGAUCAAUGUGAAUGACCUGAAUGCGCUGAGGCUCCAGGAGUCCCAGGUUCAUGGGAAGAACUUGUACCUGGCAUUUGUGGCAGCUGGAGAGUCCUUAGGACCAGCUGCAGAAGAGACAGUGGUGCAGGGAGAGGCUGCGAGCACGGCAAGUCCUGCUCAGGGAGGGCAGGGACAGGUUUGUGUUCCACAGACACAUCCCCAGGAGGAGGAGCUGCAGGAACCUCAGCACUCAGGUUCUGAAGCACCAGAAGCAGCAGAGGGUCCAGGCAACUGGCUGUGCUUCCACUUCAGCUUGUUUGGCAGCGUUCGGGCAAAUGAGUUCUCAAGGGCAAACAAAGCCAAUAAGAGGGGGGACUGGAAGGAUCCUGCACCCAGGCUGGUUCUGUACUUCAAGAGUGGAGGCUUCCUUGUUUUCUACAACUGCCGAAUGUACUGGUGCUCCUCUCCAAGGGCUGAUCCUGCUUCUGACAUCCUGUCUGGGGAGUUCCACCGUGGCCAGGCACUGGAUGCCCUACGCACACCCAAUCCCAUCUGCUACACACUCUUAGACCAAAGAUAUUUUUCAGGGCUGGGGAACAUCAUGAAGAAUGAGAUCUUGUACCUGGCGAAGAUCCAUCCAUUAACACAAGGCACUUUCUUGGCCCUCUUGGAUCUGGAACGUCUGAUUGACUGUGUCAUUCAGUUCAGCUCUGACUGGCUGCAUGACAAGCUGCACGGAAAAAAGCUGCACCUUCAGAUAUAUCAGAAGGAGCACUGUCCUCUUGGGCAUGCAGUGAUGAAGGAAACUCUUGGACCAUCAGGUGGCUGGAAAAGACUUACAUGGUGGUGUCCUCAGUGCCAGCCUGCAGUGCUAUCAGGUAAUGGGGAUCCUUCCCCAGGCACAGAGUAACCUGCCCUUGUGUUUCUCCUUUCCUGGAGGGUGUCUCUUGGUUGUCCUGGGAAGGUCUUCAUAGUUUCUUUGAGACUGUUGAGUUUGCUUUUCAAGGAUAGAGAGCUGGCAGAGUUGAGUGCUCAGUGGAGGUUACAGGAAUCAAUCUGUGCCUCUGGAUGCAAAAAGGAAAACAGUUGCACGUGUCUGGGUUUUUGUUACAGUGACACAACAGUGUGAACAGAAAUGUUUUGGUCACUCUGGACUACAGUGAAUGGAAAGCAUAGGAGGUCAAGCAGGUGAUUCCUGGGAUCUCAACAGCUCCUACCCCUUGGCCCUGCUGUGGGUGCAGUGGCUUAUGGUGGAGUUGGUGGAAAGGAGCAUAUCCCUCUGCCUAAACAACUUGAUUAACUUGGUGGUGGGUAAUCCUGCCUCUGUGCCUGUGUGCUGGGGUGUGGUUAGGUGUAAUUAGAUGUGACUGUUCCCUCUCUCAGUUUUUGCAUGAACAGCUGCCUCCAUCCCAUGGGAGAAAAUAAACCUCAGCAGUGCUUAAUGGAGUCAUCUCUGCCCCUGCAGGUUUUAGUUCUGCGGCAAACUGCCAGUUCACUUAAAAAUAAAUAAUUAAACAUGCUGUGCUUGUGACAGGGAUUGCAUAAACCUCAUUGCCUCCAAAAUAGCUUGAAAGCAGAAAGGUUUGGAAGUAGGGAUGGUGUGAUCCCUCCUUUGUUGGGCUGUGUAUCUGUCUGUGGAGUAGGCAGGAGCUGUUGCUGUUCACUCUCUCAGUAUUUGGGUUUAUUUUGACACUAGGUUGCUGACUCGAAGAAUAAA